AAAUGAUUGAAGGCAAAGGACGGCACAGAGAAAGCUGGGCGAAGCAUGUCGAUGGGGUAUUGGUUUCGGGAGAGAGAAAAUGGUGGAGGGACGUCCAUGUGGAGACUACUGAUGGAAAACUACUCAUAACCCUAAUUUCCUUUCACUCUACCCCCCCUCAUUAUGUCUCACUUUUUCUCUCUCUACUUCAUCAAUGGGACUCUUCACAUCCACUCGCCACUCCCAUUCCCAUUCUCAUUCCCACCCUCGCCCCGCCGCUUUCUUUCUGCCCCGUCUCAUCGUUCCGAUCGCGUUAUGUUGCUGCACCAUCGUCCUGAUCUUUGAGUUGGACAACCUUGUCUCGCAAAGCAAGACGAUAGUAGGCCAUAACUUGGAACCAACUCCAUGGCAUAUUUUCCCUUCGAAAUCCUUCGAAGAUGAAUCCAAGUACUCUAAGGCUUCCAAGAUCCUUUGGUGCAAUUACCUCAGCUGCCGGGGGCCAUCUCCUCGCCAUGUUGCUCAGCCGAAGGUCCAGGAGUCGACUUCUUCUGGCAAGUGCCCUGAUGUGUUCAAAAACAUACACCGUGACCUGGAGCCGUGGUCAGAGUCCAAGAUUACCCUGGCCCAUUUGAUGGAGGCGAAGAAGUAUGCUGCUUUCCGGGUUGUGAUAAUUGAUGGCAACUUGUAUGUGGAUUUGUACUACCAGUGUGUCCAAAGCAGGGCAAUGUUUACAGUGUGGGGAUUUCUGCAGCUGCUGAGACGUUAUCCCGGGAGGAUCCCUAAUGUUGAUUUGAUGUUUGAUUGCAUGGACAAACCUACGAUGAACGUGACAGAGCAUGCUGUGAUGCCGAUCCCCCUCUUUAGAUACUGCACAACCUCUGAGCACUUUGAUAUUCCCUUCCCGGAUUGGUCGUUCUGGGGAUGGUCAGAGAUAAACAUACGGCCUUGGGAUGAAGAAUUUCGAAAGAUCAAGAAAGGUUCAAAGCGCCGGAGCUGGGCAAACAAGUUCCCUGUAGCUUUCUGGAAAGGGAAUCCUGAUGUUGUCUCUCCAGUCCGUACAGCAUUGCUUGAGUGUAACAAUACUGAACAAUGGAAUGCACUUAUUCUGCGUCAGGACUGGUUAGCAGAAGCAAGAGAAGGCUUUAGGGAGUCUAAACUAUCCAAGCAAUGUGAUUAUCGGUACAAAAUAUAUGCUGAAGGAUAUGCUUGGUCGGUGAGCUUGAAGUACAUAUUGUCUUGUGGGUGCAUGCCGUUGAUCAUAACACCCCAAUACCAAGAUUUCUUCAGCCGCGGCCUGAUCCCACACAAGAACUUCUGGCCAAUUCCUAAAGAGGAGAUGUGCCCUGCAAUAAAAAAUACAGUCAACUGGGGCAACUCACACCCAUCUGAGGCAGAGGCGAUCGGAAAAGCUGCUCAGGAUUACAUGGAAAGCUUGAACAUGGCACGUGUAUAUGACUACAUGUACCAUUUGAUCACUGAAUACUCAAAAUUACAGACGUUCGAGCCAGUCCGCCCUCCCAGCGCCCAACAAACGUGUGAGGAGUCUGUGCUAUGCUUUGCAGACGAGAAACAGAGGAAAUGGCUGCAGAAAUCGACAGCUUUCCCGGCAAGGUCAUCCCCCUGCUCCCUUCCACCUCUAGAUAGUUAUUAGGACACCUCUGAAAGGAGUUCUUGAGUAAGAAAAAAGGAUUGAUCUAUUUUGUCACAUUGUAAUCAAUAUAUAUAUAUAUAUAUAUUUAAUACACAUAAUUAUGUUCAUUCAUUUUAUGCUUGUAAAGAAGUGGUUGAAUGCGGUUGCGCAUCCUCACCAAGAAUGAUUGUUUCAAUGAUUGAAUCUUUGCGGGAUUAUUAUCUUUGUUUUUAA